AAGCAGUGGUUUAAUGUAAUUGGCCAAAGAUCCAAUUUUUGGAAAGAAAGAGAAAGUCAAUAGGAGAAAUUAGCGAGAGAUAUGAUGAGUUUUAGCGGCAACAACAGAAAUGCCUUCUUCUGUUACCACUUUCUUAGCUCACCCUUUUCAUUAUUCUUGUUCCUUUGUUUAAUUUGGAGUGAUUUCCUUGUUUUUACGCAACAUUUUUCAGAUUUAUUUUAAUGGCAAUGGGGUUGCGUUCCAAGCUUAAUCAUGGCAAUUCUUCACUCCCUCGUUCUCCUCCUUAUCUCUUUUCCUCUGUUUGUCUCUUGGCUUUUCUCUCUCUUGCCGCUCUUCUUGUUCUCAAGGUUGAUGAUGUUGCAUAUCAGACGAAGACAGUUGCAGGACACAAUUUAAAGCCUACACCAUGGCAUUUGUUUGAGCCUAAAGUCUUUGAUGAAGGAACAAGCUAUUCUCGGGCUACUAAGAUUGUACAAUGCCAAUAUUUCCAGUGUCGCUCUAAUGCCAUCCCCAAUGAUCCACAGCUUGACCCGUCUAAACUGGCAUCAUGUCCAGCAUUCUUCAGAUACAUACACAGAGACUUAGCGCCGUGGUCCAAAAGCAGAAUAAGUUUACAACGGGUGAUGGAAGCAAAGGAGUAUGCAGCUUUUCGAGUUGUAAUUGUUGGAGGCCGUUUAUUUGUGGACUUCUAUUAUGCUUGUGUACAAAGUCGUAUGAUGUUUACUGUAUGGGGUUUGUUACAGCUUCUUAAAAGAUAUCCUGGCCUUGUCCCUGAUGUUGAUUUAAUGUUUGAUUGCAUGGACAAGCCUGCAAUUAAUAGAACAGAACAUCGUUCAAGGCCUUUGCCACUUUUCCGGUACUGCACCACUAAUGAACAUUUCGACAUCCCAUUUCCUGAUUGGUCUUUCUGGGGUUGGCCUGAGGUGAACGUAGGACCCUGGGAUGCCGAGUUUAGAGAUAUAAAAAGAGGUUCUCGUUCUAGAAGCUGGCCGAAGAAAUGGCCUUACGCCUACUGGAAAGGGAACCCAGAUGUUGGCUCCCCAAUCCGUUCAGCCUUAUUGGAGUGUAAUAAUACUAAACAAUGGAGGACACAGAUCCUUCGUCAGGAUUGGGGAGAAGAAGCAAGGGCCGGUUACAAGAAGUCGAAACUAUCUAGCCAGUGUGAUCAUAGGUAUAAAAUUUAUGCUGAAGGGUAUGCCUGGUCUGUAAGUCUCAAAUACAUACUGUCGUGUGGCUCCCUUACACUGUUAAUUGCUCCUCAGUAUGAAGAUUUCUUUACGCGUGGCCUUCUGCCAAAGAAAAACUACUGGCCUGUACCCCGUACUGAUCUAUGCCCAAACAUAAAGCAGGCUGUCGACUGGGGAAAUUCACACCCUGCUGAGGCCGCAGCUAUGGGAAAAGCUGGUCAAGAUUACAUGGAUACUUUAAACAUGGACCGUGUAUACGAUUACAUGUUCCAUCUCCUUAUGGAGUAUUCAAAGUUACAAGACUUCAAGCCAAUUCCACCUUCAUCUGCCCAGGAAGUCUGUAUCGAAUCUUUGCUUUGCUUUGCUGAGCCAAAGCAGAAGCAGUUCCUAGAGCAGUCAGCUACGUCUCUUGCAUCUAUGCCCCCAUGUGUCCUGCCUAAUGCUGAUGGCAGGAUACUAAAGAGGUGGAAAAUGCUUAAGGAGAGAAUAAUGAAGGAUGUCGCCCAACAAACGUGAUAGAGCUACAUCGUUCAUUCACCAUCUAAGUUACAAGGUAGCUAUUGUUAAUGGGGUAUCAAUUAUCAUAUGAUAUGCAGAAUAUAAAGGAAUCUUAUCAAAUGAAGCCAGUGGGUGCCCGCUUUAACAGUGCAAAAAGAAAAGGCUACACAACACAAAAUUGAUGUGUUUUUUUACUCAUCCUUCUCAUUCUCUUUGAUGAUGGAUAAUUAUGUUAUGCAAGUAUAUAAUUCUUUGUUAGUGGUUUGGAAAGCAAUGAUAAAAACACCCUUGGGAUUUCGACUUUUUAGUCCAAUCUUGAGGCUUUUAUUUAUAUGGGUAGAUUAUUCAAUGUAGGGUAUUGUGGUCUACUUCUUAAUAUAAUAAGAGGUUAGUUUUAUAAUUAUAAGAAAACACAUGAGAUUGGACUGUUUAACGUCCAUCCCAGGGAUGAACUAGGAGUUUCUCUGAUUAAGGAAGCUGCUCAUAGAAGAGGCGGUAUGGUCUGUUGAUUUGUACUAGAAAUGCUACUGAUACACUUAUACUUGAUAGUUGCAGUGCAUAUUUCCAGUUUCCUUUGGUGCAAUUUAAGCUCUCUAAUAAUUUAUUUA